AUGGUUACAGAUACAAGGCCGUCCCUGACAACCAGCUUGCUUGGCGUAAUCAUCGAAUUGGAAACCGACAUUUUCUAUUUCUACUACAACUGCAACUAUAUGAACAAUAUCUGCGACAACGUCAAUAUCUUCCUGAACUCCUCCCGCGGCAAUGUCGAGAUGGAAGACCUUAUCUUCACCACAAAAGGCCCGACAGCUGGCACCGUACUCAUUGAAUAG